AUGAUGCUUCAAUUAAAUUUCUAUGCUCCUGUAAAUGGAAGAAUUCAUGGAGACAAAGAAAUAUUUUGGUUAGCAUUUGCAAUCAGUGGAGAUGAGAAUUAUAUUUUCAAUGGAUAUAGAGCAGCAGCAGUUGGCACAAUUACACCUCAAUUAGAACGUGCUAAACCUGAUGGAACAGGUCAUGAAUCUAAUGAAAUUUGUUCUCCACAUCCAGGUCAUGUAAGUAGUGAUGAUGAUGCUUUAGUUUGGUUCAAUUCGGGAUUUUUAUAUUGUGGUCAAAAUGAUGUUGUUGAUUUUGAAAAUGAAUUUAGUCAUAAAUCAAGAUUAAAACAUAUUCUGAAUUUAGAGGAUUUCAAAACUUUUUAUCAAUCUCCUUUACGUAUCGAAAGUGCCAUUAUUCCUCCAAUGGAUUUAGAUAUUCAGGCGGUUAAUGUCGACGAUGAACCGUCAAAAGGUUGGUUCAUGGAUAAACGAUAUUGUAAUAGUUAUAUGUGGUGUGCUUAUGAUAAAAUUGGAGGCAGAACAAAAGAUGGUAAAUAUAAUCGUCUAGAAGGGAAAGUCAUCAAUUUUGACGAUAAAGCACAAGAAUUAUUUACUUACUAUGGUGACGUCUGGGUAGGAUUGGAAUAG